AUGAAAGAAUGUGAAGAAAAUUUAAAAGCAACUUUAGACAGACUAUUAGAGGCAAACGUAAAAAUUAAUUAUGAAAAAUGCCAAUUUUUUAAAAAGGAAUUAACGUAUUUAGGUUACGUAAUUAAUCAAAAUGGAAUAUUGCCAUCAAGAGAAAAAGUCAAAGCAGUUUUAGAUGCCCCGGCGCCUACAAAUAAAUCAGAACUAAAAUCGUAUUUGGGUAUGUGGAUAUGGAAUGAAAAACAUCAAAAUAUAUUCGAAAAAUCAAAACAACUUAUUGCGAAUAUUGGCGUUUUAACACAUUAUGAUCCACAAAAACCAAUAAUUAUUUCGUGCGAUGCAAGUCCUUAUGGCUUGGGAGGCGUUCUGUCACAUAUUAUUGACGGUGAAGAACGUCCAGUUCAAUUCGUAUCUAGUACGUUGUCUCCGGCUGAAAAGAAUUACUCUCAACUUCAUCGCGAGGCUUUAGCGAUAGUUUUUGCAGUGAAGAAAUUUCACAAUUAUAUUUUUGGGUUACCGUUUACCAUUGAAAGUGACCAUCAGCCAUUGCGGGAAAUUUUUUCAAUAAAAAAAGAUCUGCCAUCGGUAGCAGCGAACCGGUUACAGCGAUAUGCUGUUUUUUUAUCAAUGUAUGAUUACUCAAUUAAGUACAAGAAGGGAUCGCAAAUGGGACAUGCGGACGCGCUGUCUCGUUUACCUUUGCAAGAAGAUACAAAUGAAGAUGACGAUAGUAUUAAUAUUUUUAACCUUAUAGGCGACCUUCCAAUUAAGAUUGACGACAUCAAAAAUGAAAUGUCGAAAGAUGUGGCACUAUUAAAAACGUACAAAUAUGUUAAGAAUGGGUGGCCAGAAAAAAUUGAUAAUAAUUUAAAAAAAUACUUUAAAAUUCGAAUAUCGUUAGCAACUGAAGAUAAGUGUGUUUUUUAUGGUGAAAGGAUUGUAAUUCCAGAGUCAUUGAGACCGAAAACAUUAGAACUGUUACAUAGUGGUCAUAUCGGAAUCGUCCGCAUGAAAGCUGUUGCUAGGACAUAUGUUUGGUGGCCGGGCAUAGAUGCUGCAAUUGAAGAGUUCGUCGGGUCAUGUCAAGCAUGUUGUAUGAAUCAAAAACCGUCGAAACAAAUUUUUACCAACUGGGAAGUAACAAGUGCUCCGUUUGAGCGUAUUCACGCUGAUUUUUGUAAAUUUCAAAAUUUGAAUAUUUUAGUAAUUGUUGACACUUAUUCGAAAUGGCUUGAAGCUAAAAUUUUGCGCAAAACUGACGCUAUUACAGUCAUAGAAGCGUUAAGAUCUACUUUUGCUAUUUUCGGGCUUCCGAAGACAAUUGUGAUGGACAAUGGUCCACCAUUUAGUUCAAAGGAGUUUAUAGAAUUUUGCAUUAAUAAUAAUAUAGAAUGUUUAAAAUCGCCAUCAUAUCAUCCGCAAUCGAAUGGCACUGCGGAAAGAGGAGUACAAACUGUAAAAAGCGCAUUAAGAAAGGUCCAUACGUAUGUAAAUGAAGACCUAACUUAUAAAGAAGUUUCAAAUACUGAGGUUGUUGAUACAGCAAAACCGUUCGCUAACGACUAUGACAUACAGCAAGGUGUGGAUACUGUGAAUGAACGACUGGGGUUGAGACGUUCUGAGCGACGUAAUAAAGGAAGACGAGCAAACUACAACUGA